UGGAUGAUCACAAACUAUAUCUUUGUAGUUAAUGGCAUCAAGACCACUGAGAUUUUGGAUUUGUAGGUUGAAAUUACAAGUAUUCAUAACCAUUUUGAAAACACAUGAUUACUGUAGAUUCUUUCUAAUGUGGUUUUAAUUUGCUUGUCCCCAAAUUAUUAUAACUCGGCCGAAGAUAAGGAUUCGAGUUGCUGUAUGAAAAAGGACUAUCGAGCACCUUCUCCGCUAUCCUCUCCUAUCUGUAGAAAUGCAUCUUCUGCUUACAUAAUACAGCAAUAUCCUUCUACUAAACACAUCAAUAAUGAACAUAAGACUUUUAAGUUGUGGAUAUCCUAAACAAUCUGAGGAUAAUGCAAAAAGUGAUGAUGAAACUGCAUUCUUACUUGAAUGGCCAAAUUUGGUAUGGUUUGAGGAGAAGAGAUUCAUGUAAUCCAGUGGUGGGUGGUGGGGUAGGUCUUUGAAUUGGAGUCUCUAUCUAUUGAUCCACGUUGGAUUUUCCGGUCACCCUCCCAUUUUCUUCUCUUUUCCUUCCAAAAACAAAUGUUUUUCCUGCACUUUUUUCACACUUGUUUCCUGUAUAAAUUCUAACUUUGGAACUGAUCAGAGUAAGGAUCAGAAAUGGCCAAUCAAUCAGCUCUUCAAAGUGAGACACUGCGCAGAGGACCUUGGCUUGAAGAGGAAGACAAGCAGCUCACCACGUUUGUAACUCGCAUGGGGGAGAGUAAAUGGGACUCGAUCGCCAAAGCUUCUGGACUUGAGAGAACUGGGAAGAGCUGCAGAUUCAGAUGGCUCAACUAUCUCCGCCCCAAUCUUAAGCACGGUUGUAUGAGUUCUGAGGAAGAAGAAGUCAUUCUGAAACUUCAUAAAAAAUGGGGAAACAAAUGGUCGAGAAUUGCGCGGUGGCUUCCGGGAAGAACCGAUAACGAGAUCAAGAACUACUGGAGAAACCACAUGAGGAAAAAGCUCCCCAUACAACAAGAAGAGAGCAAAGUAAAACAUGGGAAACAGGACAAACUCUCAUUCAAGCAAUGUGCUAUGGGGGGAAGUCCAAGGCAAGACCAUAAUGAGAGAAAGGACAUUCCCUUGAGCAACGUUUCUCACAACCUUUUUGGGUUUCCGAACUUCGAGAUCACGAGUUCGCCAUAUGAAAUUCGACUAUCGAACUGGAUUUUGGAUCAUUUGUCGAACGAGAAGCUGGAAGUGAAUCAUUAUGAAGAUCAAUACAAUAGUUUAGAGUUCUGUUUCUGUCAUCCCAAUAUGAACUGUGCAGUGAGAGAUGAUCAAACAGAUCAUUUAUGGGAUUCCCUAGCUUCCCUUUGGGAUAUGGAGUAGCAAAUUAAAUGUAAUAUAAUCAUGUUUGUAAAUUUGGUUAACAUCAUAACAAAAUGUUCCAUUUAGAUGU